UCGGCGGUUAGUUAGUGAGCGAGUGCCGUCCGACGUAUUGGUUGUGUGUGUUGCGUGCCGUACGUGCAUCGUCGCCGUCCAAAAACGUAUCGUUUUCGCGUGUGCGUAAUAUACUCGAUUUUAUCGAUAUACGCGCGUAUCAUAUUAUCGCCGGCACCGCGUAACCUUUCUUUUUUUUACGAUAUUGUUGUAAUCGCGAAUUAUUAUAAUUUUUUUUUUCGCACAUAAAAUAAUAAAUAUUUAUUGUUAUUAUUGCAAUAUUAUAUUAUUAUUAUAUAUACAUAGUAGUAUAUCAUAUACGAUUGUAUUAUUGCCGUACAACAGAGCACACGCUCGCGACUCGUAAUAUUGCACUGCACGUCGCACCGCGUUUCGAUUGGUGGUGUAUGUAAUAAUACGCGCGGUGUUUUUGCGUAGUCCCGUCGUAACCUUUCGCCGUCAUUCGCACGUCCCGGACGGAUCCGCAGCAGUGCCACAUUAUUAUUAUGCAGUUGGCGCCGCCGCGCGCACGAUAACGCGCCGGCAGAUAACGGCGGAAAACCUUCUGAUAUUAUAGUGUCGCGGGGUAGCGAUAAUAUACGCGACUAUAUCGUAUGGUAAUUGGUAACAUCACAGUUAAAUUAUAAUAAUAACGAUAACUGACGGCGGUCGCUGCCGUUGGACGACGCGGAAAGACGACGGUACGCGUGAGGAUUGGCGGACGAUGACCACCGCCGUGGACAACACAGACGAAGACGAUCGUCGUUCGGCGCACCACCGGCAGUGAGGUGUUUCUCCGACUGUAUAUACCACAUCGGUAUAUAAUAUAUAAUAGCGGCGAUAUCGCGUACGACAGACCAUCAUCGACACCCCGACAGCGUUGUCUGGAAAACCGUACGCAAUUCAGAUGUCGACGGACUUUGCGUAGGUGAUGUCAAACGACACAUGAUCGACAGUCGCAAUCGACCGCGACAACCACAGCGAUUGUCAACGACGGCAUAAUAAAUGUCUUCGUCGUCGCCCAUAUCGUCUUCUUCGCCUUCGCCGUCUCCGUAUUACCACCACCAGCAGCAACAGCAACAGCAGCAACAGCAACAAUAUAACAACCACCAUCAGCAGCAACUCCAACACCACCUGCAGCAACAGCACCUGCACGCAAGCGGCGCGUCCGCGGCCGCCAACGCGGCUGUCAAUUGUAUUCUGCUGUCGCCGUCAGCGGGUUCCGGCGUGACGGCCGUCGGACUGUCCCCGUCACAGGGUUCCGGCGGCGGUAUCGUUGAAGACAUGCAGCAGCAGUCUUCGACGGUAGCGAGCGCCGUAGCGGCCACGACUACGUCGCUGCUGCAGCAGUGCUGUUCGCCGCCGCCAGCGUCGGGCACGUCUUCAGUGUUGAGAAAAGCUCAAAUCGAGAUCAUACCGUGUAAAGUGUGCGGCGACAAGUCCAGCGGCGUCCACUACGGCGUGAUCACGUGCGAGGGCUGCAAGGGAUUCUUCCGGCGGUCGCAAUCGUCCGUGGUCAACUAUCAGUGCCCGCGCAACAAGAAUUGCGUGGUGGACCGCGUAAACAGAAACCGGUGCCAGUACUGCCGGCUCCAGAAAUGCCUGCGGCUGGGCAUGUCCCGUGACGCGGUGAAAUUUGGGCGCAUGAGCAAGAAGCAGCGGGAGAAGGUCGAAGACGAAGUGCGUUUCCACAGAGCGCAGAUGCGUUCGUCAGCAGCUGCUGCAGCCGCGGCUGCUGCUGCAGCGGUGGCCGCACAGACCACAGCCAUCGACUGCUGUUCGACCACGACCGGCGGUGGCAACGGCGGUACCGCAGCCGUGGCCGCUGAUUCGUCAGUGUUCGACCACGACCAGCAUGGGCAGCAACACGGACACGGGCAACAGCAACAGCAGCAGAUGCCCUCCAGCACUGCCGACCACGGGCUACGCCUACACCAAUUACACAGCGGAGGAGGGCAUCUCUCGCAACACCAUCAUCAGCAGCAGCAGCAGCAGCAACAACAACAACAACAGCAGCAACUACAGCAACAACAACAGCAACAACAGCACCAGCAACACCAGCUCCAUGGUCAGCAGCAACAGUUCAACAUCAACAGCAAUGUUCAACAGGCUUACGCAGCAGCUGCAGCAGCAGCCGCCGCAGCAGCAGCAGCCGCUGCGGCCGGCGGUGGUGUCAACGGAGCCAACGGAGGCACAGGAGUCGGAUAUGGAGGCAGCGGAUACAACAGCAGCAGUGGAACAAACGCAGCCGCAGCAGCCGCAUCGCUAGUGGUGGACACGUUCGCGGCGUACGCGGCUGCGGCCACCUCGUCAGCGGUGCAGUCAGGGGCUAACGGUUCCGUGCCGCCCCCAUACGACACGGCGGCAACAAGCAGCAACUACGUGGCGGACAGCACGACACCGGCAGCGUCAAGCACGACGCCGUCGACGGCCGCGGCCACAUCCACUUACGGCGGUGACAUGGAAGUGUCGUCGGUGGCGGCUGUCGCUUCCGGAGCACAAGACAACUUAAUGGCCGGCGUUUCCGGUUCUACGGCUGCGGUUUCUUCCGCAGCAGACGCCGUCCAAAUCAGCGAGCUGCUGAGCAAGACCAUAGCAGAUGCGCACGCCCGCACGUGUUUCUACACGCUCGACCAGAUACACGACGGCAUGUACCGAACCGCCACCAUGGCCGCGGCCAAUAAGGCGACGGCCGACAAAUUGAUAAUGUACAAAACCAUGCCUCACGAGGAGCUGUGGUUGGAGUGCGCGCAAAAACUAACGUCCGUCAUCCAGCAGAUUAUUGAGUUUGCCAAAAUGGUGCCCGGAUUUAUGAAACUAUCGCAAGACGAUCAGAUCGUACUACUCAAAGCGGGAAGUUUCGAGUUAGCAGUGCUGAGGAUGUCCAGACACUAUGACCUACACCGGGACUGCGUCUACUACGCAGACGCCCUAUUGCCGGCCGACGCGUUUUACACGCAAGACGCAGUUGAAAAGAAACUGGUCUCGUUGGCUUUUGAAGUGAGCCGCUCCGUUGCCUCGUUGAAACUUACUGAAACCGAGCUGGCCUUAUACUCUGCCGUCGUAUUGCUGUCGCCAGAUCGGCAAGGCUUGAAAGGCACUGUGGAAAUUGGUCGUCUUAGACAGGCCAUUCUGCGUGCACUACGUAUGGAACUCGAUCAUAGAACCGCGGGUGGCAAAAAUACAACCUCUGUUGAUCUACAACACCAGCAGCAGCAUCACCAACAGCAGCAACAGCAGAAUCAAGUGUGCGAUGCUCUUAUACAAAAGAUUCCGAUACUUAGGCAACUGGGAAUGCUGCACAUGGAAGCGUUAGCCAAGUUGCGUCGUACGGUUCCACACUUGGAAUUCCCGGCUCUGCACAAGGAACUUUUCUCGGUCGACGGCAGUUGAUCUGAGGAGGAAGGCUACGACGACGACGACGACGAUGAUGGCGGCGGCGGCGGCGACGGUAGCGGCGGCGGUGGUGGCAGAAGCGGUGGUAGCGACGGUGGUGACGGUGGUGACGACUCCUCUGCGAAAGACUCGUCUAUGAUCGUUAUCGCGUCGGUGAUCUCUUUGGCUGGUGGACUGCAAUGAAAGCAGUAGCAGCAAUGAGCAAAGUUGUCGCAGACGGGCUGUGUAACAUAUUAUAUUAUAUUAUUAGUAUAUUAUAUUUUAAUAUAAAAAUAAAACAUAAAACGAAAAAAAAAUUCGCGAAAUCUCUCGAGAUCACACACCGCUGUUACAUAUAUAUUAUUUUAUAUUAUAUUAUAUUAUUAUGUAUAGUGUUGUUUUGUUACAAGGUAGUGUCCCAUAUUAUAUAUCGCGUGUUUAUGUAAUAGAAUAUUGAUAUUAUUAUUAUUAUUAUUACUAUUAUUACUGUUGUUGUUGUAUAGUAUUUUUUUAUAUAUAUACGGGACAUAAAUCCCCAGGUAUGGCGUAAUGAAUAGGUAUAAUAAUUAAACACAAUAAUUAUGUUUGUAUGAAUUUUUUCCCGUUCUCAAGGAUAAGGACAUUGCUUGUAAGAAUGAUUUCCGUAGCGGGAGGAGAUCGCGAGCGUGUGUAUGUAUAUAUAUGUGUGUGUGUGUUUGGUGUAUAUUGAAGAAGAGAGCUUAUUUUCGUUGCAUUCGUUUUGUGUUUGUGUACGUGUGUGAGUGGACGAACGAUUUCGUUGUUUUCUGUUGUCUGUUAAUCUUCGGAUCGAGCGUUUGUUUGUUUUGGUACGACUACGUUAAUCGUAGUCGACGACGAUCCUACACGUAUUGCACACGUCGCGUUCACACGUUAUAUAAUAAUAGUAUAUAAAUCGAUGAAGUGAAGUGUACACAAUAUCAUAAUAUUACCGCGCGGAAUAUUUGUAACGCCGUUUGUCGCGGCGUAUAGCGGUGAUUAUUGUUUAUCAUAUUGUUUAUUGUUUUUUUGGGGAAGAGAAAAAAUUAAUUAAAUAAUUUCGUUUUCGGUCAGCACACCUACCGCGCGCGUUGCACUUUUUUCAUCAUUGUCGUCUUUGUAAAUAACAAUAAUAAUAAAAAUAGUAUUUAGUGCGGUUCGUGUGCGCCGCUGUACAACACCCAUAUAAUAUACUAAUUAUAUAAUAAUAUUAUUAUGAUUAGAAUACGUUUAUUAUAAAUUAUAUAAUAUAUUAUACUGAAGUCGUGUUGAAGAAAUGGGGGAAAAAAUAGUGCCGGCGGCCGAGCAGAGUUUAUUCAUCAUUAUUGUUUACUUUUUUUUUUCAUUCGAAAACGCGUACAUUUUAUCGAUGUAAUUUAUGCGGAAAACCGAGGAAAACAAUUAAUUAAUAGAAAUUCACUGUACACACUCGUCACGUCAAAUUUUUAUUGUAUUAUACUUGUACACACAUACACACAUAUACACACACUUGUAUAUAGCUGUCGCUAUCGUACUCAUACACAGACUACUGAUAUCGAAUAAAUUCCGUGCGCGAUAUAAUAAUUAAUAUUAUUAUUAUAUAUCAUAUUUUGUACACGUCGUUUAGGUACGAUAUUUUAUAGAUAUUAUUAUACUGCCUAUUAUUACGCGUAUAAUAUUAUUACGUUGUGUAGAUA